AUGAAGCGAGGACGUGGGGGUGCCGGUGGCAACAAGAUGAAGGUGACCCUCGGUCUUCCGGUGGGUGCCCUCAUAAACUGCUGCGACAACAGCGGAGCGAAGAACCUGUACAUUAUUGCAGUAAAGGGCUGGGGCUCUUGCCUUAACAGACUGCCUUCGAGCUCUCUGGGGGACCUGGUGCUGGCAACAGUAAAGAAGGGAAAGCCUGAGUUGAGGAAGAAGGUGCACCCAGCUGUUAUUAUAGCAACACGCAGCAGCAGCAGCGCCUGCAUGCAUACACCUGAGGCCUUUGCCGUCGUCCUGUGCAUGGGUCAUAGGGGUGCUGCCUAUUUAAGGUUAAUAGAGGAAUCAGGGGGCCCCCAAGAGGAAGAGGGGCCCCCCUAUGACUGGCAAGGGGCCCCUUUGACUGCAGCAAAGCUUCAACAACUUCUACGAGAUAUACAGCAUGCAAUACACCAGGGAUACAUCGAGCGCCAAUCUCUGCUGCAGCAGGGGGCCCUCUCUCCCCCAGGCCUGGGAGUUGCUCUGGGGGCCCCUUCAGGGCAGGCAGCAGCAAACCAGCAGCAGCAGCAGCAGCAGCAGGUCCUCCCGCCUCCACCCCGCCUCACCCCCAAGGCCUACAGCAACGUAGAGCGCCUUUUUGCUGCUGUCCCUGCAGCAGCAACACAACCCUUCUUCUCAAGGGCCCUGCCGCUGCUAAUAAAGGCGGUACUGGCUGCUGAGCAGAUCUUCCCCAGGUGUACGUACACCCCAGAGAAAAGAACACAUAGCGAACAGGUGCAGCCUGAUACAGGUGACUUCAGGGACAGCCCAGCAGCAGCAGCAGCAGCAGCAGCAGCAACAGCAACAGGAGCAGCAGCAGGAGAGGCAGAGGGGAGAAGACUGAACCCGUGCCAGUGCGGCUCGUGCCGCCUACGGCUGCAGCUGUAUAAGCACUGCAGCAGCGAUGGCUGCAGCAGCAGGAGCAGCAGCAUUGGGGGGCAGCAGCACGUCAGCAGCAGCGCAGCAGAGUUAAGUGCAGGUGAAGUAUGGGUGUUGUUUGGCUUGGGGUUCUUGGGUUUGCUGCCGCCUCCAGAGUGGCAGCAAGUUGCUGCAGGUUUUCCUAAUCUAGGCGACAUCUCCUUCGCUGAUUUCUAUGAUCUAACAGCUCCGAGUCAGGCUGCCAAGUUGCACUGCUUCGUCAGGUACUGCUGCUGCAUGGCUGCAGCAGCAGAGGCCUUCAACUUCAAGUGCAGACAGAAGAAUAUCAGAGCCUUUACCUUCGCUCCGCCACACUUCGCCAGUCUUUGCUGCAGAGACACCCGAGAGAAGGAGACAGCCUAUGCGGUGUCUCUGCUUCUAGAGGAAGAAGUUCGAGGCUUCCUUCCUAAAGAGACAGCUGCUGCUGCAUCUGCUGCUGUUGCUGCUGCUGCUGCGGCGAAUGCGGCAGAAACUGCAGCAGCAACAGCAACAGAACCGCCUCCUCAAGCUGCAAACGACUGUCUACGGCAGCAGCAGCAGCAACCUGCAGCUAGUGACACCACAACCAGCAGCGGAAGCAGCUUCAGCGGCAGCAGCAGCAGCAGCAGCAGGGGAGAAGUUCGCGACGGCUUUCUGUGGGGCCCUUCCGUGUUGUGUGCAGUGCCAAUGGGGGCCUCUGCACGGGGUGUAUGGCCAGUUGAGUAUCCCUGCUGCUUCGUGCUGCGGUGUCUCCGCUUCGCUAGGGCUCAGGCUGAGGCUUGGUGCUGCAGCGCGGAGACAGUAGCGCUGCAGCAGCAGCCGCUGCUGCUUCCAGAGAUCGUAGCAGCAGCAACAGAUGGGGGGGGAAUCCCUACCAGCGACGCAGUGGACAUCCGCGCUGAUUUUGCUAACAAAGUCAUUGGAGGCGGCAUUCUCUAUCACGGGGCCCUACAAGAAGAAGUAUUUUUUGCUGUUGCUCCAGAGCUGCUGCUGCUGCGGCCUCUCUCGCAGCACCUGCGCUUAGGGGAAGCAGCGCAUGCAUCCGGCUGUCUCCGCUUCUCAGCCUAUCGGGGCUAUGCUGGCAGCUUCAGGUGUCUCCUCAACAAACAAAAGGGCAGCAGCAGCAGCGGGGGCAGCAGCAGGGGGUCUUCAAGCAGACAGCAGCAGCAGGCACAGGGCAGGCCGCAGCAGCAAACCGAUGGAGACACAGCAGCAGCAACGGCAGCAGCAGCACCAUCAGCAGCAGCAGCAGCAGCUACGGAGCAAGCAGCAAAGAGAGGGCAUCUGCUGCUGUCUCUUGACUCAGAUGAUGAAGGAGACAGACAGGGAGGGGUCUCCGGGGGUCCGAUCCCAACGGAGACAGCAGCAGCAGCAAACCAAGACUAUGAAGAGACAGAAGGCGUGGAGGCUCUCGACAAGACGCCGCUGCAGCUGCAGUGGCUCUUCCCCCUUGCUGCAGCAGCACCCAACUGCCAGCAGCAAAACCCCCAAGCGCCGCAUGCACACACGAAGACAGAGAGAGAGACGGAGACAGCAGCAGCAGCAACAGCAGCAGCAGAAGAAAAGCAACAGCAAGGGACUCUUCGCUUGGGGACCCCGCUGCUGCGGGUCCAGUGCGCCUCCCUGGUGGCGGCCUUAGAUGCUGCUCGCUUCGGUGGUUCUCGAGCUGCACAAGCAGCAGCAGCAGCUGCUGCUGCAGCAGCAGCAAACGUUACGGAGUUGCCUGGGGCUCCCACGUGCAUGCAUGCAGCUGCAAGAGAAGUGCUGCCGCGGCCUCAGCAGUUUUCAGUCCCCUUGAUGCUGCGAGAGAUACAGAAAGUCUCUGCUGCGCUGCACCUCCCCAGAGAGCGCGAAGCUGCUGCUGCAGGAGCUGCUGCUGCAGCAGCGGGAGGAAGCGCGUACAUGAGACCAUUCUGCACAGGGAAUUGGGGCUGCGGCUUCUUUGGUGGCGAUCCUCAACUUAAGUUUGUGCUGCAGUGGUUGGCCUGCAGCCUCGCUGGCUGCCGCAUGCAGUACUUCGCGUGGGGUCUGCAGCAGCUGCUGCAGCAGAAUCUGCUGCAGCAGACAGUAGCAGCAAUUCUACACAGGGCCCACUGGGGCUGCGCUGAACUUUGGAAUGUGCUUAUUGAGGGAUCGCUGGGAUCGUCUCCUCCCCUCCGGGAGAUGGGAGUCUUCAACUAUCUCCUGCGCCGCGCUUCGGAGGCCUCGCAGCCAUCGCCCAUACAGCUGCAGGCCAACCAGGACGCUAGCAACAGCUACAGCAGCAGCAGCAGCAGCAACAGCAGCAGCAGCAACAACAGCAGCAACAACAGCGGCAGCGGGAAGAGGUGGGAGGAGCAGCAGCUACCCCAAACCGCCAAACGACUUAAAACAGAGAACAACUCAAACUAA